CUAAUACAAUUUUGAGACAAUGAGUAAAGCAUUGGAUUAGUUAGUUAUCAGACCAUCAGUAAAGUAUCAAUCAAUAAGUGAAUCAGUUAUCAGACCAUCACUUACUCAGAUCAGUGACAAUGACUCGAAUAACAGCGGAUCCGACAGAAAUCUUGGACCGACUCAAGCAAUACUCUUGUCGUGUGUUCUCAUCGGACGUCAAAAGGCAAGAAAAGACAGAACUGAACAAAGAUUUGUGGAAAUACUUGGGAGAAGUGGUUCCCAAUAUGUGUACACAAGUGUUGGCAAUACUGAGUGGUGAGUCAAACGUCGUGAACGUGUCGUCGCCGGCCUAUGUGUUGGGCGAUCUUCACGGAAAUCUUGAGGACAUCUAUGAAGACGACCAGAAGAUGUGUCACUCAUCCGAUCCUCAAAUAUCUGGAGCUAAUUAUGUGUUUUUGGGUGACUUUGUUGACAGAGGAAAGUACUCUAUUGAGGUAACGGUAUAUUUGUUUGCUUUAAAGAUGACCGACAAAAGCAAAUAUGUAUUGAUUCGCGGCAAUCAUGAGGUCAGGUCAGUGAACAAAGAGUUUACAUUUUUCAGGGAAUGUGUCCACAAAUUUGGCCGUCAAUUGGGUCGACAAAUAUGGGAUGCGAUCAACAAGUGCUUUGAAAGCCUGCCAUUGGUUGCCGUCAUUGACAAUACAGUCUUCUGUUGUCACGGAGGUAUUCCUCAAUGCAAACCACUCGUCAAACUCGAAGAGAUCAACAAAUGGCCGAAACCAAUGGUCGAUCCGUACGAGGAGUGUAUGGCCGCACACGAACUCCUGUGGAACGAUCCGAUAGAGUCGAUGACCACUUUCGAUGCCACGAAUACAGAGUCCACUCUCAGACAGAAGAAAAUCUUGUUUGUGAAGAACAGAAGCCGAUCCACAGGCUAUUACUAUACGGCCGAAGCCGUCAAUAGGUUUCUCAACAAUAUUCAUAUGUCUCAUAUGAUCCGCGCACAUGAGUGUAUUAAACAUGGAUUCAGAUGGUCUUCAAACAAAAGAGUCGUCACUGUCUUCUCUUCGAGUAAUUACUGCGACAAAGAAAACACCACUUCUUGUGCUAAAGUCAUUGGAAAAGAGAUCACACAAAUCACACUCAAAGAUCCCAAAGAACCCAAAGAUGACAGCAUUAGAGACACCAACAUUGAAAAUACCAGAACCGACAUCUCUGUCAACACCAAUGCAAACACCAGUAGUCAGUCAAACAAUCCCAACACCAGUUCGGCCAACAAUACGGCAAACACUACGGCCUUAAACAACACUUCUGGAAGUAAUACCGGAAGCACUGCAACGACAAAGUCCACUAAAUAAGACAUCCAUUUAAUCACAAGUAAUCAAUACAACAGAGUUUUCACUGAUAUUGCAAACGAGUCCUCAAAAUGUUGUUUCAAUUAUACUAUGAUUUCCACUAAUCAUCCAAUUCUUCAUUACAUUUCAACUUAUGUUUAGUAAAUCAAUUGAAACCAAAAAACAUUCAAAGUUUAGUCAUUUAAUUGCUUU